AUGGGGAGCAGCCCCUCGCCCCCGCCCCCGCCCCCCGGGAGGAGCGGCUGCUCCCAGCCCAGCUGCCCGCUUGCCAGCUCCUGUGCCUGGCCGGGCGUGCAGGGCCCGUGGAGCCGCCGGACCCCUCCCACCACCUCCCACGGCCCUUUCCUGGAGGCCGAGGCCCAGGGCCAGGGUAGGGGGCGCACUCCGUGCAGGGAGGAGGGGCCAGGACCCCGGGCUGCGGGCGCUGGGGCGGCAGUGUAUGCAUGGGGCGCCAAGGGUGUGCCCUGCCUGCAGGGCAGGACCUCGGGGGACCCUGGGGGCUCUGCAGCGGCCUUGGCUGUCUCUGCUUUGGGCAGCGGGGCUGCCACGGGGCUGGGGGGUGCUGGGAGCCGGAUGGCGCCCCCCUCCUCCAGUGCCCACCCCGCGUCGCAUCUCCCCCAGGACGGGCGCUUCCUCCCUCAGGUCUGGGAGCUCCCACGCGAGCUCCAGAGCCGGCCGGGGGUGCCCAGGAGGCAGUGCCCGGUCCGCACCUGGCCCCCGCACCUGGACCGCACUCGGCCCUGGCGAGGAAAAGCCCAGCGAGGCGCUCGUGCCCGGGACAGCGCGGACCCAGCGUGUGCUGGACUCGUUGCGGAGGCCGCGCCCCGCGCCUUCAUUUGCCUCCGAGCCUUGUGGUCUCCUCGGAUGAGGACCCCAGGGCUGUGCGUCCCCCAGGGCUGUGCCGGUCCUGGGGAGGCAGGGCCGAGGCGGGAAGCAGAGCGCUGGUGCCCGGGACAGCGCGGACGCGGCACGUGUGGGUCUCAUUGCGGAGGCCGCGCCCCGCGCCAUCAUUUGCCUCCUAACCUCCUGGUCGCCACGGAUAACGACCCCAGGGCUGUGCGGGUCCCGGGGUGGCAGGGCCGAGGCGGGAAGCGGACGCGGUGUGUGGGAGAGCAGGGGAGAAGGGCGGAGGCCGCGGCCGUCCCCUCUCACCCGGAGCCCCCCACCCCGGCGCAUUUCCACCCGCGGAGGCCGAGGCCCAGCGGCCAGGCCGGGCAGGGCGAGGACCCAGGCCCGGGGCGUCGCCCGCGCCGCGCCAAGCAUUCCCUGGCGUGGGGGCUCCCGCACGCUCCCCGGGGAGACCGCGAGCAGUGCCUGUCAGGGAGGCGGGCGGACCACACUGCUGCCUGA